AAUAAUUUUUAUCGACUACAACAAUAGCUGAAAGAUUUCCUUACAUUAUACAACAAAGUCACAGAACUUUGCUUUAACCGAUGUGUGGAUAACAUGAAUGAACGGGAUUUGGCUCAGCAUGAGGAAACUUGUGUAAAUCGCUGUGUCAACAAAUUCGCCUUGUUCAAUCAAAAUAUGAUGAAAGUUUAUGUUGAGGUGCAAUCGGAAAUCAAUCAAAAACGUAUGCAAGAAAUCGAGGAGGGCCAAAAGGUAAUACAACAGAAUCAGGAACAACAACAACAGCAGCAGCCGCAACAAAUACAACAGCCACAAACCAAUAAGAGCAGCCUUGCUGAAGAAGUAACAAAUGCAUUAACUCCCACACCUAAAUUACUAUCAUAG